GCCGAUGGCUUUAGUGGGGGAGGGGGGCUGGAUUUGUCCAUUCAAUUCAUUCAUUCACUUGGGCUGAGGCACGUCUAAGCGCGACAGGGCGCGUCUUGAAUGCGAAUGAAAAUUAAUUGAUCGAAUUCGAAUUGACAACCCAUCUACAUUAGGAGUAAUUCGGGACAAAAUCUGACCCUUCGAGUAAAUAUUUGCUUUUCAAAACUUGCCCAAGAAAAUUUUAACUCUCAUUUCCUAAAGGGGCGAUUUUUCCUCUUUGAGAUUGCAUUCGAAAACUCAAAAAUAGAAUAAAAAAUUGAAAUUGGUACUUAAGUUUAGUACAACGAUGCUGAUCGGUAUAUGUGGCGCGAAAUGCGCGGGGAAGAGGACGGUAGCACAAUACCUGGUCGAGCACCACGGGUUCGUGAAGCUGCACAUCAGCACACCUCGAAAAGGGGGAGAGCAGCAGCAGCAAGCAGAGUCCGCCGUUAAUGGGACGAAAGCAUCUUCUGAGAAUCACGUGGGCUCAACGGGAGACGACGCCGUCGUCUCGAGAAAUCACCAUGCUACUUCUCUCCGUCUCAAAGACAGCCCGCCGCAGCACACCUUCGCCAGCGAAGGCGAGCUCCUAGACUACGUGACGAAGCACUGGCGCUCGCGAUGGGUAACAACAGACAUCCACAGCGAAGGCGUCGUAGACGCACUAAGCCGCCGUCCCUUCUUCAUCCUGAUUAGCGUGGACGCGCCCGUAACAGUGCGAUGGCAGCGGCACCAAAGGAAGCUCUCUUCAGGCCAACAGCUCAGCCUAGAGGCUUUCGUGUCCGAGUCCGACGCACACCUGUACUCCGCCGAGAGCGGCGUCCUCCCGCUAAUGUCGCGCGCCGCGAUCCGCCUCCUCAACACCUCGGACUCCCUCGCGCAUCUAUACGCCACUCUCGGCAAGCUCGACCUGACCAACGGGGACCGGUUGCGGCCAAGCUGGGACAGCUACUUCAUGGCGCUAGCCUCGCUCGCGGCGCGGCGAUGCAAUUGCAUGAAGCGGGCCGUGGGGUGCGUCCUGGUGGACAGCAAGCGCCGGGUGAUUUCAACGGGGUACAACGGGACCCCGCGGAACCUGACGAACUGCAGCGAGGGCGGGUGUCCGCGGUGUAACUCGGGCGACGCCACCAGCGGCGUGUCGCUGGCGACUUGUCUGUGUCUGCACGCCGAGGAGAACGCCCUGCUCGAGGCCGGGCGCGAGCGCAUUCGCGACGGCAGCGUGCUGUACUGCAACACGUGCCCCUGUCUCACGUGCAGUAUCAAGAUCGUGCAGGUCGGUAUCAGCGAGGUUGUGUACAGUCAGGGAUAUAGCAUGGACGGCGAGACGGCACGCGUCUUCUUGUCCGCGGGAGUUAAGCUGAGGCAAUUCUCACCGCCGGCCGAUGGCUUGAUACAUUUGGAGAAGAUGGAGCAUAACAAUCUCCGAGUCUCAUGAAUAUCCAUAUAAACUGUGUAUAUUAUAACACAAAAGUCGUUGCUAUAGACAUACUGCGAAUGCUAGAUACCCUACCAUAGUACUUAAGCGACUUAACUUGGGUCGCAUUUGUUGCUGCACCUGACGACACUUGCUCGUUAAACAAGUCGUGUAUAAGUUAGACUUCGCUUUCAGAUAGAUUAUUACGGCCACUGUUACCGUC